GAAUUCCAGGAAGGAUCCUGUCAGUUUCAGCCAUGAAAUGUCACGACCUGGCACACGGCUACACGUGCAGGCGCCCUGUGCCCGCUGGGGACGUGGUGCCCGGACACGGCAAGAAGGAAGUUGGCCCUUGCGAAACAUCUGGCGGGAAAUGUGCCUGGGGCUUGGUUCCUGCAUGCUGUGUGCACAGCAACUGAAGGCGGAGACAAGACACCCCGGGGAAGGAGUCAGCCCACUAGGGAGGCCCCGUGUCCUUGGUGCUGGGUCCUGGCCCUGGGAGAGGAGGGCGGAGCCGGCUGACAGGGCGGGGGCGGGGCCCCAUCCAUGCAGGGAGCCUUGCCCUCCCCAUCCUGGGGACUGAGGGCAUGGCUGGGGGUGAGGUGCGGUUCCCCUUCCUGUGGGGCUGCGGGUGGAACAGCCCUGCGAUGCUGGGAAGACCCGGCCUCCGAGCUUCCACACCCGGUGUGUGCCCGUGCCAUGGGCGCUGUGCCGGGGCUGGUCAGGAGACGCCAUGAACCCGUCCUUCAUGGUCCUGCUCUGCCUGGGUGAGACUGGAAGACAGGGUGAGGAGACCCUGCUCUGGGAGGGACCCCGCCCCUGCCCAGUGCCAGGCCCUGCCCUGGAGACCCCAAGCUCAGGAGCCCCAGGGAGGAGAGGACGGGGACAGGGGAAACCUCUCACGGGGAGCUCUCCUCCAGGGCUGUGCGGGCCCCAGCACCCGAGUGCAGGCAGGUGAGCGUGCCCCCACUGUGCCGGUCCCCUCCCCCCCCAUGGGACAAGGGCCACCCCAGGCAGCCUGGUGGGGACAGCAGCCCUGUCUGGUGUGGAGGGCGUCUGGGAGGGUCCUGGCCUACGAGGGGACGUGGUCCUGGGACCCAGCCUCUGGUUUCCUUCCAGGGACCCUCCCCAGACCCAUCCUCUGGGCUGAGCCAGGCUCUGUGAUCGCCCUGGGCAGGCCUGGGACCCUGUGGUGUCAGGGGACCCUGGAGGCCCAGGAGUGCCGUCUGUAUAAAGAGGGAAUCCCAGAGCCCUGGGACAGAGUGAUGCCCCUGGAGCGCAGAAACAAGGUCAAGUUCUCCAUCCCUCUCAUGGCUGAGGUGUACACGGGGCGCUACAGCUGUGUCUGCCUCAGCACUGCUGGCUGGUCAGAGCCCAGUGAUGCCCUGGAGCUGCGGGUGUCAGGAGCCUACAGCAAGCCCAGCCUCUCGGCCCUGCCCAGCCCCGUGGUGACCUCAGGGGACAAUGUGACCCUCCAGUGCCGCUCCCAGCUGGGAUUCCACAGGUUCAUUCUGACAGAGGAGGGGGCGCCCUGGGCUGCCAGGACCCGGAGCUCAGAGCCACACCCUAGUGCGCAGUCCCAGGCCCUGUUCCCUGUGGGCCCUGUGACUCCUGGCCGCAGGUGGGCGUUCCAAUGCUAUGGCUCCUACAGGGAGAAUCCUUCUGUGUGGUCAGAGCCCAGUGACGCCCUGGAGCUGGGGGUGACAGGAGGACCAGAGCCCAGCAGCCCCUUGCACCCCCAGCCAGGCUCCCCCGCUGCCCCAGCGCCCCAGGACCACACCCUGGAGAACCUCAUCAGCAUGUGUGUGGCCGGCUUGGUCCUGCUGGGCCUCGGGCUUCUGCUGGCGGAGGCUUGGUACAGCCACAGAAGGACCCGAGCUGCAGGCCAGCGAUGACCUGGAGAGAGGACAGUGCUGGGUCAGAGAGGCUGUGCCCCGGGGGCGGGGGAGGUGGGAGGCCGGAGGCCGGGCAUGGCUGGUGAGAAGCUGCUGGGAAGUGGGCGGAGCUCACCUGGGGUUGCAGGAAUCCUGCUCAGGGGCAGGGACCCGGGUGGACCGCUGGCGGUGCUGCUUCCCCGGGCUCCCACGCGCAUUCUGGGAAGGGGCCCCGGCCUCCCGCAGCCCUGCCCACCGCCCUGCAGGCUCCCGUGUGGUUCUGUGCUGUUCCUCUCCAGGGACCGCACACAGCUCAGUGGCCCUGAGUGUCCACAGGAGCGGGGUCGAACGGCCCAUCGAUAGGGCAACGCCGGGAUUCGCUCCCCUUGACCUUCAGCAAGUGGGCAGGACGUGGGCCGGACACCUGUCACUCAAGAUGGAUUUACCAUUCCACUCACCAAAAGGAGGCGAUGACAUGUGGGGUCAGAUAUGGGAGCUCACAAUUAAUGGAUCUGGGCUGGCUCUGUGGUGUAGUGGGUAAAAGCUGCCACCUGCGGUGCCGGCAUCCCCUGUGGGCACCGGUUCGACACUCAGCUGCUCCACUUCUGAUCCAGCUCUCUGCUAUGGCCUGGGAAAGCAGCAGAAGAUGGCCCAAGUCCUUGAGCCCCAGCAUCCAUGUGGGACACUCAGAUGAAACUCGGGGCUCCUGGCUGGGGAUCAGCCGAGCUCCGGCUGUGAGGGCCCAUUGGGACUGAACCAGCAGAUGGAUACCUCUCUCACUCCUUCUCUAUGUAACUCUGACUUUCAAAUAAAUAUUUUAAAAAACUUGUGGCUCAUCAAACUCUAAGGUAAAAUCCCAGAUGACUGUGGGACUCUGUCCUCCGAGAGGACCACUCAGAAGAGAAAGACUGAAAGUGUGUGCAGGGUUUCUUCCGGCACGGAACGUUCAAGGUCACCUGGAUUUCUCAGUGCUCGCCUAACAUAAACCCCACAACACAGUUGGCUCUGGUGGACGGCAGCACCCGGUGUUCUGGAAGAGUGCGGAUGCCUGCCCGGCUUCUUCUGGUGGCUGAUUACUCUGCUUGUCUGUGCGGUGCAAGUCUGCGUUUCCCACAGAGUUCAGUGAGGCGGGUGGAGGGUGCGCCUGGAUACUUCUCCCGUGUUUCCAGUUAUGGGCUGGGGACUCCACCCCACCACAGCGUAGCUUAGGGGGUAAAGCCAACACCAGCAGUGCCGGCAUCACAUAUGGUAUGGCCAAGUUGGAGUCCCGGCUGCUCCACUUCUGAUCCAGCUCCCUGCUAAUGCGCCUGGGAAAGCAGUAGAGAAUGACCCAAGUGCUUGGGUCCUUGCACCCACGUGGGAGACCCAGAAGCUCCUGCCUGGCUCCUGGCUUCAGCCUCGCCCAGCCAUAUGGGGAGCGAGCCAUUGGAUGGGAAACCUCUGCCUCUGAUUCUCCUCUCUCUACAUCUCUCCCUCUGAGAUAAAUAAAUCAGUCUUUAAAAAAAAUUUUAAGCACUCCUAGAAGGAAAUACCUGGCUAAAUAUGACCUCAGAUUUCAUCACAGUGUCUUAGCUGUGAUUCCGAAAGUACAAGGAACAAAUGGGAAAAUGGCUGAUUUGAUCAUCCCCAAAACUUCAGAAGUCUGUGCACCAUGGACAGCUAUCAAGGGAACAGAAAGACAACGAACACAUUGUGUAAAGAUCUGGAAGCCACAACAGGAAAAGCAAGGGUGCAACUCAGUGCAAGAGAAGGGAAGUGAAAAUAAUGCCACAGAGAGGCACCCCACGCCCACCACACUGGUCACUUCUCGAAGACAAAGCAGGCAGAGUGUGGUCAGGGUGUGGGGAAAUCGCAGCCCUGAGACGCAGCUGGAAUGUGCAGGGUUCGGCCACUGCUGCAAGAGACUUGUAGUUCCUCAAAGCACCAGACCCAGCCUCGGCACAGCACAGAGCAACCCAACCCCCGCACGGAGUCAGGCGCUCCCUUUGACCAACGUCCUGGCAAGGGUCAGGGUCAGGUGCAGCGCUCACCAGUGUGCUGAGUGCAGGCUCUGUGGAGCGUUCUCACCACCGAGGGCCAGGGAGAGGCUCUGACAACCAUCCAGGGACUGUGCACACAGGCAUCCAUCCAAGCAUGGCCGGCCAGGGACAGGAGCCAGAUGUGCACCGGGGAUGCGGGGCUCGGGGUGGUGGGUCCCUGGCUCCGUGGGAACUCUGCAGAGCCCCAGGAAGCUGUAAAGUGACGAUGCGUGUGGCAGGAGGUGCAGCCACACACAAACGGCCCCACAUAGCACCGUUCCCAGAAACACCCAGGGCUGGGAGCCCACAGAGCCCUGGGGCUAGGCAGGGCUGGCGGGGCUGAUGGCUGCAUGGUGUGGGGCUUCCUCCUGGGGUGAGGCCAGAGCAGGUCAUUGAAUGUCUGGGGCUUUACCGUGAACGCCACUGAGUGCACGCUUUGCCAGCUCCUGUUUCUGGGAGGGGGACUUCCUCUCUACCUGAUGCAGGCUAAGGAAAGGACAGAUGCCUGCGGGUGCCUUUGUAACCCGAGGCUGUGACGAGCCGCCAUAGUUCUCUCCUGGGUCCCCAUCCCAGAGCAGGCAGCUGAGAGCCUGCCCUCUGACCUCCACCCCAAACACGGCUGAGGAUGGGGUCUUCCAUUCUAUCUGGGACCCGGGACAACUUCUGAUUCACCUCUGGGGUCAGCAGGCGCUCCUAGGGACUUCUGAGGAGGGGUGCCUACCAGAACGGUGCUGUCCCCACGUCUGAAUCUGGAAGGGACACUGCAGGACCCUGAGACUGGAGUGCUACGGCCACAGCCACCCAGAGGGGAGGUCUCGGGCAUCCCCCCACCACAGAGACGCUGGGGGACGACGUCACCUGUUCAGGUCGCUCAGGAAGUGGCACCCCCAUGUCAUCCAGGAGCACAGAGCCCAGGUGCUCAGAUUAGGGGAGGAGAGGCCGUGGGGGCUCAGGAAGCAGGUGCCGGGAAUCCCCAGCCCCACGUAAGUGUGUAUCUGCACACGGGCCCAGUGCCCUGCUCCCAGUCCCCUCUACCUAAUGAGAAACCCGGUACAGUGCAGGCAGCACAGGGUGUGCGGCACUGGACCCCGGCUGGGCUGGUCAGGGCACCACCAUAUUCUCAGUUCCUCGGGUAGCUUGGGGCCUCUGCCCUCAGACACCCUCCCCUCCUCACAGCUGCUUGCCAGGCCCUGGGCCCACCAGCCCUCAGCAGGACCCCGCCCCAAAGCCGGGUCCUCUUUGUGGGCCCUCCUGCACCUGCCACAGCCACAGCUGGGCUGCAGCUCAGCCACACCUCUGCAGCGUCUGUACCUUCUUCAUGCCCUCCUGUCAGCGCCAAAGGCCUGGAAGAUUCCGUCACCCUCCCCACGGGAUCCAG